UAUACUCCGGAAUAAAUACCGCCGCCCCCUGGCUGAGACGUAGCGCCAGCAGCACUGACGAAGUACACGCACGCAAUCCCCGCGAUCAGCGCCCCGCUCGUCAACCUGUGACAGGCCCGCCACGCACUUCUUUCUUCCUUUUUCUUGCCUUCCUCCCUCUCUCUUCCUUCACAUCUACCAAUUCCUCCAAUUCAAUUGUCUUGGAAGAAACAAUCCUGUCAAGAUGGCUACCAACAUCACCUUCCACGCGCCCGCCCUCACGCGCGCCGAGCGCAGCAACCUCCGCAACCAGCGCGGCCUCACAAUCUGGCUGACCGGACUCUCCGCGUCCGGCAAGUCGACUCUCGCCGUGGAGCUGGAGCGCCAGCUGCUCGCCGAGCGGGGCGUGCACGCCUACCGUCUGGACGGCGACAACGUGCGGUUCGGCCUGAACAAGGACCUCGGCUUCAGCGAGAAGGACCGCAACGAGAACAUCCGCCGCAUCGCGGAGGUCGCCAAGCUCUUCGCCGACAGCGCCUCCAUCGCCAUCACCUCCUUCAUCUCGCCCUACCGGAUCGACCGUGACACUGCGCGCUCGCUGCACGAGGUCCCCACGCCCGGUGAGGAGACGGGUCUCCCCUUCGUCGAGGUGUAUGUGGAUGUUCCCGUCGAGGUGGCGGAGCAGCGGGAUCCCAAGGGAUUGUAUAAGAAGGCCAGGGAGGGCGUGAUUAAGGAGUUUACGGGAAUCAGUGCCCCGUAUGAGGAGCCGUUGAAGCCUGAGGUGCAUAUUAAGAACGUCGAUUUGCCGAUUAAGGAGGCUGUCGGGCAGAUUGUGAAGUAUUUGGAUGAGCAGGGUUAUUUGCCUAAGAAGGAGUAGAUUUUUGCUUCUAUGCUGUGGUGUGAAAGAGGAUAGAUAGAUUUGCUGUUAUGAUUCUUUUCUCGCUGAUAUCCCUGUGUUCCUUCUG